CGAUGCUGCAAUAGAUACCCCACACAUAGCGUCGCGUAAAUGAGAACGGUUAACUUGAACAUCCUCAGUCUUUUCAACAUACAACAUCCGUGACUCCUCUUGCCUUGAUCCAACUUGUAAGGGACAUCAACUAAACUGUUACCAAUGGCAAUCUGCUCGUAUAUUUCCGUUGUUCAAAGAAUACUACGUCACUCAACUUCGAGGUAAUUGUGGUGGCCGCUACACAGUCACGUGAUAUCAGCACGCGUUGACAAGAUAAGCACCUCCACUUUCAACAUAAACACACCUGUACUGGAUAAGGACAUCAAAGUUUGAAAGUUAUCACAAUGAGCAAGGAGGAACCAGCUGAACGAGCGCAAUGGGGGCGACAGCUAGAAUUCAUCUUUACUUUGAUUGGGUACGCUGUAGGCCUUGGCAACAUAUGGCGAUUCCCAUAUUUGUGUUAUAAAAAUGGAGGAGGAGCCUUCCUUAUCCCCUACAUAAUAUGUCUGAUUUUCAUCGGCAUUCCUAUCUUCGGUCUGGAGGUUGCCUUCGGACAGUUUGGUGGGAAAGGACCAAUAAGCAUUUGGUAUAUAAACCCAGCCAUGAAAGGUAUUGGUUAUGCUGGAGUGUUGGUGUCGGUGGUCAUCAGCAUCUACUACGACGUCAUCAUUGCCUGGGGGCUUUACUAUUUCUUUGCCUCCAUGACGGAUGAGGUGCCUUGGUCUAAGUGUUCGCAGUGCGAAUGCCUUAAUUUCGGGAAGAAUGUCACACCAGGUUAUGACAACGCCACCGGAAUAAACUGCACUGGAUGGACAGGAGAUCCAAAAUCGUCCAGCGAAAUCUAUUACAAGGAGGUCGUGCUGCAACAAACGGCCAGUAUAGCCGAGACGGGGGAGAUCAACUGGCAGGUGAUGUUGUGCAACCUUCUGGCUUGGCUCAUCGUCUUGAUUGUCUUAGCGAGAGGGAUCAAAUCGCUUGGAAAGGUAGUGUAUUUCACUGCCACCUUCCCCUACAUCCUCCUGACGGUCCUACUGAUUCGAGGAGCGAUGCUGGAUGGAGCUAUUGACGGAGUCACCUUCUACCUCACACCAAAAUGGGACAGACUUGCGGAUGCCACGGUAUGGAGCGACGCUGCUGUCCAGAUCUUCUUCUCGCUAAGCGCCUGCCAAGGCGGCCUUGUAGCCAUGUCAAGCUACAACAGAUUCUCCAACAAUGUUCUAAGAGAUUCCAUAAUGAUUCCGGUGAUAAACUGCCUGACGAGCUUCUAUGCUGGGUUCGUGGUGUUCUCGACGCUAGGCUACAUGGCCAACAUACGGGGUGUGCCUGUGGCCAAUGUCACGACUGGAGGAACCGGCUUGGCUUUCAUUGCCUAUCCCGAGGCUCUGUCCAACAUGCCCAUCACCCCCUUAUGGUCCAUACUGUUCUUCCUCAUGCUGUGCACCCUCGGUUUCAGUUCGCAAUUUUCAAUCGUUGAGACCAUCAUGACAGCCAUGAUCGAUGAGUUCCCACAAUAUAUAAGCACAACGAAGAGAAAACUGCUAUUCCGAUCCUGUGUCUGUUUGGGAGCAUUCUUACUGGGCUUGCCAAUCGUCACACAGAGUGGGCCCUACCUCCUGGAUCUCGUGGACUCCUAUAUCCUCGGCUUCCCGACUCUUUUCAUUGCAUUGUUCGAGUUGAUUGCCAUAUCCUACAUUUACGGUUACAGCAGCUUCGCCAAGGAUGUGGAGGCCAUGGUCGGGAGAAAGCCCUACAUUUACUUCACCGUGUGCUGGUUGGUUAUAUCGCCACUGCUCAUUCUGGGGGUGAUUGUUUUUAAAGGCAUCCAGUAUGAGCCUCUAACAGCUAAAGGAGAACCAGUAUUUGCGGAGGUGAUUGGCUGGUUCAUUGCCAUGUCUCCAGUAGCCAUCAUUGUCAUAGCAUUCCUGUGGUAUACAUGUCCAAGUGGCCUUUGGCAGAGGCUCCUGGAACUGAACAUGCAUACAGACGAAUGGAGACAGCGACGCAACUUGAGCACCUUCACACACCUUCACGUGCCGACAGCGGGAAGAACUAACCUUGGUUUUACGACUGAAUCUGAGCCGGCGAAUGGGAGAUACAGCAUGGAUGAAAAACCAUCACUAUCUAAAGAUGGCGGCACUGACUCAAACAUCGGUCACCAAGAUAGCGGUUAUGUCCCUUACUUCGUGGACCCAGACAAAUUCCUGGCGGGACAUGAGAGACAAAGUACUUACGAGGAAGAGUCAACCAAGUUUUAGACAUCAUAAGGUUGAUGUGAUUCUAUAUUGUCGCUUAACAGUAAACAGUUACAUGUGGGCUUGCUAUGCAGCUAUCAAAUGUCAUGUAAUAGGGUGUCUUUUCAAACAGUUAAACCUUUUUAGUGAAACUUAAAUACACAACGUUAUACAUUACCUCAUUAUUUUCCUGUAAUAAUAACAGUGGGGUGUAUGAUUACAUUUCGGAGCUUUGCCCUUAUAUUCAACAGUAAGUUUGUUAUAUUCAAUCUUUCGUAUGACCGAAAUGCAAGACAAAACGGCAUUUUGUCGCCCAGAUACCAGAGAUUAAAUUAAAGAGGAGCCCAACUCAAGUCUAGAAUAAUUGAGUACGUCUAGAUUGCCUCAGCUCCUGAAAUUAUGAAUUGAUCUCGAUUUCUUUUGGAAGUUAUAUAUUUUGCUUUGUAGGCAUGUAUUUUAAAGUAAGACAACGGUAUUUCUGGGACUAAAUGGCAGUCAAGCUCAAGGUUCAUCAUCAGAUAUAUUGGGAUCAACAAUGUACAGCGUCAUAUACACUACAUAAAACUAUAUUUAGAAUGUAUACUAUAGAAUGUAGGUGUUUGUGGUAUAUUUACACAAAGUACAUGGUCAUAAAGGGUUCAUUUAGAAUUGUAGAUGUAGAUCUGUAAAGCGGAUUCUGUCUUAAAUUAAACUAUAAGUAAUAAUAACAAAGCUUGUCCCACAUUCAUAGGAGUUCAUUGUACAAUUCUGGAGCAUGUGUUUAUAUAUCUGGUAAUUAAUCAAGUUGAUGCCUGAUUACAAAACAUUGAUGACUCACGUUCACAAAUGGCACACAUUACACAGGUAAAUGUCUCACGUUCACAAAUGGCACACAUUACACAGGGAAAUGUCUCACGUUCACAAAUGGCACACAUUACACAGGGAAAUGUCUCACGUUCAUAUAUAACACUAACUACACAGGUACAAUGUUUCACCUUCACACGUGACACUAAUUACACUGGUACAAUGUUUCACCUUCACACAUGACACUAAUUACACUGGUACAAUGUUUCACCUUCACACAUGACACUAAUUACACUGGUACAAUGUUUCACCUUCACACAUGACACUAAUUACACUGGUACAAUGUUUCACCUUCACACAUGACACUAAUUACACUGGUACAAUGUUUCACCUUCACACAUGACACUAAGUACACUGGUACAAUGUUUCACCUUCACACAUGACACUAAUUACACUGGUAGACUUAAGACUAGAGAAUGGCACCAGAUUGCGUCUACAUUCACAUUGACCCCUUAUUUCGUUAAUACAUGGCCUCUCCCUCUCAGUCUAUAUGUCAGCUUAACCUGAUGUACGGGUUGUAAUAUGGUACACACAAUAACAAGGCAAUGGUACCUCAAUGAAUGAACGAAAGAACAGUUCAGGACUUAAGUGAUAAUAGUAUUCAGGGGCAGUGGUGUAGCCUAGUGGUUAAAGCGUUUGCUCGUCACGCCGAAGACCCGGGUUCGAUUCCCCACGUGGGUACAAUGUGGGAAGCCCAUUUCUGGUGUUCCCCGCCGCUAUAUAACUGGAAUAUUGCUAAAGCGGCGUAAAACCUCACUCACUGAUAAUAGCAUUCAAAGUGAACAUCGGACGUUGGUAAUAAAUAUUUUUCUACACAGUACAAAAUAAAUAUUUCAUCCGACAAGGUUUUUUUCGAAACGUCUUUAUUGUAUGUUUCACUCAAUCUUUUCUGUACAAUAGUUCGAGUUAAUCAUCAGCUUGGAUGAAAAGAUACAUUGCUCUUUCUUGAUGGUGGCCUUGCAGUUGAACGGUUCUCUCGUCAGAAAACUACCUUGCUGACAGUUCACAAUAGAUCAAAACCUGAUCACAUGCAUAGCCUCGCGUGAUAUAUUCUCUAUGCUUGUGUCGGGGUUUGUUUGGGAGGGACUGGGAUAUUUUAUCAUAAUUGUUAUCCAUCAGUUAUUGUUGUGCCAUCCUUGCAACAGUUGUACUCGAAGGUCACACGUUAAUCAGCAUUUGGUUGUAACCGUCUCAUUGUUCAUUGUUUCAAUCCAUACACAGAUUUAUUGUACAUGUGAGAUUCAACAUAAGAAAGGUGAUAAAAAUGUUUUUCAAAGAA